AUGCAAAGAAUUAUUGGGAUUGAUAAACGAUAUUCUAUUGUUGGUAUCACUGUUAUUAGUGUUCAUUCUCGAAAAUAUGAACAUGAAAAAAAAAAUAAAGCAAAUGUUCGACAUGCUGUUGAAGAACAAUCACUUUCAUUUGAAGUUGUUAAUAAUCAUAGUUUACAAGUACGGAAACAUAGUGGUGGUCAAAUUUUGCCAACAGCACUUGUUUUUGGAUCUGAUUCAUUAUCAAUAUUUAUAUUUGAAAGAGGAAAUUAUGUACAACAUUUAGAAUUAUAUUUGGUACCUGUUUUUGCUUAUUAUAAAUCAAGUGUAUGUGCAUCAUUAAAUAAUUCAUUAUCAAUAAAAAGUUCACCAGAAGAUUUAUCUGCAACUAGUGAAACUUCAAAAACACCGAAAUUUACAUAUCCAAGUAAUGUAUGUAUAACUUCAAGUGAACAUUUAUGUAUUUCAUUUACAGGUUCAAAUCAAUUGAUUUUCUGCGAAGUUGAUGGCAAAGUUCUUGUAAUUACAUUAAUUAGUACUCGUCGUUUAGGAACUGACAAAAUUGAUGGUCUUAAACGUAUUCAACAACCGAUUGCUUCACUAUGGGAUUUAUGUAUUACAGAAUCACCAUUCGAUCAUAAAUUAGUAUUACUUAUUUCAAUGGCUGGUCAAAGCUAA